GGACGAGGUAGCGGUGGCCGGGGGGUCGGUACCAGCGGCGCCUCCUGGCGGCCGCUCUGGGAGCCGGGGCGGCUCUGCCUGCAGUCGGCGCGGCGGGCAGGGGAGUCAUGCUGCGCUCCCUCAGUUACGUGACCGAUCACACCGGCUUCCGCGGGACAAUCAAGAAGGCGCCCGCUGACUUCGUGGUGCGGGAACUGGAGCUGCCGCAGCGCCCCGCGCCGCCCCGGGACCUCAGCCCGCCGCAGCCCAACCCGCCGGCAGGGCGACCGCCCGCUGCCUCCGCCACAGCCAGCGCCGGGGCUGAGGGCGCGGCGGUGCCGGCCAGCCGUGACCCCGUGACGUACCCUGAGCGGAGCCGGCGUGCUGCGGGCUGGAAAUCCGGCCCGGAGGCAGCCGCUCUGUUGGAUUCCCUUUUGGGAAAGCCCGCGAGCGAAACGCUUACUAAAUUUGCUUGUGAUCUGAAGGAAGCGUGGGACUCGGAAAGGGGUUGUGAUGCCGGCGCCGGGGAGUUCUCUCUGGGAGCCGUGGUGGAUAAGAGAGAUCGGGCCGAUUUGCACGGCGCCAUCAGGCAGAGAUUCCCCUUCUUGGUCACUGUGACAAAAGACAACGAAAUGGUUGUGAAAGGGAACGCUGACUACAGAGAACUCUGUCAGCUAGUGACUGAAAAGGAAACAAGCGAUUUCUUUAAAUUUUUAGAUGCCAAGCUAGAAAAUUCCACCUUUUCUUUUGAGCCUGAUGGAAAUAAGGAGCACAGAAAAAUAGUUCACCACUUCAUCAAUAAAAAAUUUGGGAAAAUUUUAGAAACAAAGUCUUUCACUGUGGCAGAUGUCAAUUGUAAGCCAAGUAUGUCAAUAAUGGUGAGGUUUAGAGGGAAAAGUUGCUCCAGAAAGAGGUCUGCUGAUGGCUUCCAGAUAAAAGAAGAUGUUUAUACAGCUUUCACCCUUCAGAAAGAAAAUCUAGAAACACUGGAAGCAAUCAGCUUCUUGGCUGCUGAACUUGGAGUUCUUCCCUCAGACUUCAGUUACACCGGCAUCAAAGAUAAGAAGGCUAUUACGUACCAACUGAUGGUUGUGAAGAAGGUUACUCCUGAGAGGUUGAAAGACAUUGAAAGCAAACUGGAAAAAAAGGGCAUGAGAAUACACAACAUACAUUCAGCACACCAGCAUCUUAGACUUGGUCAGCUGAAAGGCAAUCACUUUGAUAUAGUUGUGAGAGAUCUCAGACACCACAGUCAUGAUUCUCCCGUAGAUCUGAAAGAAAGAAUAUCUGAAGCAAUGGAAAAUAUUGAGGCAAAAGGUUUUGUGAAUUAUUAUGGACCUCAGCGGUUCGGACAAGGACAAAAUGUUCAGACAGAUCAAAUAGGAUUGGCUCUACUGAAUGAAAAAAUGGUGAAAGCUGUAAAAUUAUUCUUCACACCUGAAGAUACUGAUGACCCUGUAAAUAAUGCCAAAAGAUACUUUCUUCAAACUGAAGAUGCAAAGGGGACACUCACAAUGCUGCCAGAAUUUAAAGUGAGAGAGAAGAUGCUGUUACGUGCCUUACAUCGCUACGGUGUAAAUCAAGAAGGCUGUACUAAAGGAUGGCUCAGUAUUCCUCAUUCAAUGCGCAUAUUCUACGUCCAUGCUUAUUGCAGUCAAAUAUGGAAUGAAGCAACAUCAUACAGGCUGAAGACUUAUGGUUCCAAAGUUGUUGAGGGUGAUCUGGUCUUCUCAGAAGAAAAUGAUGAAAGCCUUUCCCUGAAUGACAAGGUUCAUGUUGUCACUGCUCUGGAAGAGUCAGCUAACAAGUACUCUAUACAUCAAGUUGUUCUUCCAAUGGUGGGCCAUAGUAUCAAGUAUCCAAGUAAUAAAGUUGGGCAGUGGUACUGUGAAAGACUUUCUAAGGAUGAGCUGCAGAUGUGCAAAUUCCGAGUGCCUCCAUUGCAGCUGAAUAUACCUGGGUGCUACAGACACAUCUUGAAAAAUGUUCAGAAUCUUUCCUAUUUUUUGGAAGGCAGUGAAGAAGGAAGCAAAGUUGAAGACAACCAUCUGAAUGAGUCAAAAGUGUCUCUUCAUAUAUCAUUUGACCUCGAUCCUUCAUGCUAUGCAACAGUCUGUCUCAGAGAAAUAAUGAAAUGUGACUUUUAAGAUUUCAGUUAAUGAAAGACUGCAUGAAUUUUAUACCAAUGGUUAUAUUUUUGUAUAAUGCAAAUAAUAAUAAUAAUAAUAACAAUAAUAAAUCACAAUUUCAAAUCAGAAACAGAAAAAAUUAAUAGAUUGAGAUUCAUACUGACUGGGGAAGAAAACCACCAGAAUCCCAGUUCCAGAAACAUUCCAAACCCUAAAUGCAAAUCUGGAGUAAAAAAUGCAAAGCUAUGUGUCGUGUCAGAGAGGUUUAACAGAACUUAAAGAAGCUGUGGGCUGCAAGCAUGAAUUUCACACUUGCACAGAAAACCAGCUUGCAGUUAUGUCCUGGAAACAUGUUUGCAGCAAACAGACGUAUCUUUUAUUUCACAGUCACUUUUUAAAAGCUGAUUGAUACUAAAUAUUCAGGGACAGUGAGUAGCAAUUAUGUCACAAGUUGUAACCUACAGGAAUGGAGCCAAGAAGCUGCUGUACUGGGAUUCACUGAAUUUGUUUUGUUUUCAUUGCAUUCUCGUACCAAGUGCUAAAGGUAGAAGUCCUGAACCAAGAGUAACAGAUUACCUGUCACACUGUCAGUCAUUUGAAUACUACAGUUUAAAUUAAUGCUGAUGAUUCCAGGACUACGUUGUACAUAACUUUCUAGAUAGUGCUUAUUCAAGUAAGCUCAGUAAGAUGAGGUGUGUAAUUAAUAUAAUUGCAAAAGAGUUCAUAGUAAAAACCAAACCCUGAUUUAUUGUAUACAGGGAGGAGAUUCUAUUCCUAUUACUGUAAGGUCUUAUGGUGACAAAGACUUUUUAAUGGAACCACUUCUGGAAAAAAAAAAUAAAAACUUUUAUAUUCUUUCCUAUUUUAUAUUUUAAAAGUUAACUGUGAUAAAAUGAGUGCAUCUGUGGACAAAGGAAGAACAAAGAAUGUAAUUUACCUUGACGUUUCAAGACUAUUCUUGUAGCAAAGUUUAGAGGUGUUUUCUAGAUGGGUUUACAAAUGAGAUAAAACAAAAAAGCAAUUGGAGGAGGUUAGAAGAAUAGUGGUUAAUGAAUGGGUCAUGUCCUAGUUGGAGUGAAUACCCUAGAGGUCUCUCCUGGGGGGUCUGUGCUAUUUAGUGACUUUGUCAGUGACCUGGAAUGGGGCAUGGAGUUCACCUUCAACAAGUUUGCAGUUCACACCAAGAUAAAGAAACAAAGGGAAAUACUGGGGAAAUCUGUCUGUCUUUUAGGGGGACAUAGACAUGUUGGAAGAAUGUACCAAUAGGAACCUUAUGAGAGUUAAAGAGGAGAAAUGCGAAGUGCUACCCCUGGGAAGAAAGCACCCCUGCAGCAGGCCAGGCUGGAGUGCAGCAGCUAUGUGGAAACGGCAGUGAUCAGCUGAGCACGGGUCAGCCAUGUAUCCUGGCAGCAAAGACCUCCAGCAAUCUCCUGAACUCUGUUAGCAAGGACAAAGCCAAUAGGUCAAAGGAAAGAUCUAAUUUUUCUGCAUGUUAGAUCACAUUUAAUUCCUAUGCUCAACUUUUAUCCCCAGCACAACAAAAUAUGAGUUUAAUGAAGAACUCCCAAGCUAGAUGGGGGCUGAGCACUUGUUCUUGGAGGAAAGGCUGAAGGAGCUGGGCUUUCUCAACCUGGAGAGAAAACAGGUUUGGGGUGGGGUUGGGAAACCAACAACAGCUCCCACUACCUGUGUGGAGUUAGCAAGAAGAUGGCACCCAGCUUCACAGUGAUGCUUGGUAGAAGGAGACAUAAACAGGCAUAAACUGAAAUGAGAGGUUCAGCCUGGUUAUAAGGAAAUACUAUUUUUCUGUACAAAGACAAUGGGAGCAAUGGACCAGUGUGUGCAGUCUUCAACCAAGGAGAUUUCCACAGCCUAACAGAGCUCUGAGCAAACUGGUCUGAUUUCAGAUGCAGCCCUGCCUGCCUUAGAGGGCAGAGAUCACUUCCAGCCUCAAUUACCCUGCUAUUCUAAGCAGAGUGGUGUGUCUAUUCUAGCUGUAGAUGGCAGCAUGACUUAAAAGUAGAAUGGAAAACUCUACCCAUUUUUACUGAGAGAAUUAAUAUCAUGAAUUUUGUUUACGGCAUCAGUCUUUCAGUUGUUGGAACAGUGAAGCAAAGUAAGUCUCCAAAGGUUGAUAAACCAUUUAUUUAUGCAACUUUUAUAGAAAUACAACUCCCAUGAUUUCAAAGCUUGCAUAAAACUGUGUAGCAAUGACAAAC